AUGUUGAAGGAGCCAUUAGUGCAGGAGAAGUUCUUGGCGCUGGCGUCGGCUUCAAAUGAGACGGUAUCCUUCGAAUUCGUUCUUUCGAAGGCGGCAUGGUUGGAAGUGGUGGUGGCGGAGAAGGUUGUGCUUGAGAAGAUGACGAAGAGGAAUCAAUGGUUAGUGAAACUCGACAACGCUCUUCGUAUAAAAGUACAUCUUGAUUUGCUGGCAUAUUUUGGAUUUUCGACCGUGGUGCAGAAUAUUGCGCAGAUGAGUUCAACGAGCAAAUCUCGCCUAUGCUUUUCGUUCGCCGUUUCAACGAGCUUCGACGACGCGGUAACGCGUUAA